AUGAGUGUUUCGUCACUCAAAAAAUGCCUCUAUUAAAAGUAUUUAAAUCAGUCAAAGUAUAAUUUUAUAAUUUGCUAGUGGGUAAGCAGGAAAUGAUUAAUUUAUCGUUCCUGAUAAUUAUUAUUUAUUAAUUCUGAGCAAUAAUAAUUCCAAUAAAUCUGAUGGCAUACAAUUGUUGAAGAGUCUUCUGCUUCAGACGUGCCUUCUGAAGAAUCUGGAUCUGUUCUGUAACCUAUUAGAAAAUUAUUACUGUAUCUAAUCACAGAAAGUGAAUUCAUUGCUCACAACAAAUUAUAGAUAUCCAUUUUAUAAGAAUCAAUCAUAAUCUAUUUUGGUAGAUAUCUUGACAAUGAAUUCAAAGAGAUGACUGAUAACACACUUAUGGGACUUAAUGCCAUAUGUUUUUGUCUGUUGUCCUUACAUAAUUUAUGUUCACUCGAAAAAUCAGCAAAGUCGUUUUCCUUCUAAGUUAUGCUUAUUUCAGCUUCUAUUAAAUUCAACUAAUUGAGAUUGAAUGUAAACUACGCAAAUUGCAUAUUGGCUUUGUAAAACAUCUUUGCUUGGUAGAAAGUCAAGAAUCAUAUAUAUAAGCUCUAGGAUUGUGUAUAUUAAAAACAAUAAUUAUAGUAGUUACGAUAAUGUGGAAAUUUUGUUUCCAAAGACUAUCCAAAUGUUGAUUUAUCAAUGUUAUUGUGUUUCUAGUUUUCCUGGGAAAAGUAAAGUCAGUUUAGAACUUUCUGCUAUCAAUGUUCUGCAAAGCCAGCACCUUAUUCCACAAUAUAGUUUCUUAUUUAGUGUGUCCCUACUGAGUUUGAAGAUCCAGGAUAUAAAGAUUUGGCGAGAAAAUACUUAUUUCGGUGA